AUGAUCCAGCUCCCGGACUCGCAGAUUCUAGUGCACAUCGCCGCCGCAAGCACCGCACAAGAUGACGCGCGCUAUAGGGCGCAAGUCGCCGCCAUCCUAGAAUUCCAGUGUGCUACGCGCCAACCGCUGAUGCAGAUGAGCAAGUCUGCUUCCACCGAUGGAGACAGCGCGCAUCCAUUCUCCGCCGGUGCCGCCGUGCAUUCCUCGGUGCCCCCGACGACUCAACACGAGGCCUCGCCAAUAUUGCGGGAGGCGUUCCGGCCCGCAGACACGACCAUAUCCUCGGAUCAACGCUUGAUUCCUGAGACGGAUGGCGCGGCUCCACGUAACAUCAUCUCAAAUCAAUUAAGCUCCUUAGAGAGUCUCAUCAGCGUCAUCCCAGAUUCUCAACCCGAGAUCGCCGACGAGCUAGUCCACGCCGAGCAAUCUCGUGCAGAACUAUCGCCUCAACCGCAGCUUGCUCCACCCCCCAAAAGACGUCGCAUAGCCCCGGCCUCCCCUGAUCCGGCUCAACCGGUUUUAAUUUCAGACUCUCCUGCAGCGGACCAGCCCGCUGCAUCUCACAGGGUGAUCUCCAUCCAGAACCAGGUCCCAAUAUCCAGCCCAGGUUCAGUCGAAGGCCCUACCACACCCUCACAUCACAUGCCGACCAACACUACAACCCCUAAUCCCAUAAAUCUAUCCACCCUCCCCCUCGAAAUUCACCCUCCAAGACCCCCAAUCUCCACUGCCUCGUUCACUACCCACAUAACUCCAACCCUAUCCAUGCUCACGGAGCGCCUAAACCCAGCACGCAUCUACAAACUAUCCACUCAAACCCGCCCCCUCGACCCCUUAGAACGGGGCUACUGGCUCGUGCAGCUCGCUAUCGAGGAUCAAACCCCAGAACGAGACCGAGACCGAGAUCCAGUCGAUCUUCUUCUAUUGCCAUCCCCAAACCCCAAGCAUGGAACCACUAAUUCAAAUGCAAACCCAAACCCAAAAGAGAACACACGAUCUUGGCCCUCCCCGCUCUUCCACGCCUUCUGGUCUUUUCUCUCGGAUUUCGUAGGCAGGGACGGCCGUGCGGGCUGGGGCGUCUGGUGUAUCCUUGAGGCUGCGACGCCCCCAUCAACGCGCUCGUCUGACACGCACGUCUCGCUUAAAGUCUAUGCCUGGGGCGAGGUCGCUAUGCACGUCUACCUGCUGCUCUUCUUGGCAAGUGAGCGGCGGGUUCGGGGGAUGGGUGUUCAGUGGCGGGAUGCGCGAGAGGAGGUUGUUAUUCAGAUGCCUUAG